AUGGAUCGCAGCCAUGGUCGUCGACUGUCGCCAUUGCCAUCUCGAACCCGUAGAUCUGCUGUGGACUCCUUCGGCGCGCUGCUCACCAUCAUUCUCGCCUGCCUGUUGAUAAGGCCUGCCUCUGCAGUUCUGAUCCCUUUCGACAACUGCCUGCCCGACAGCUACCGAAACUUCGAUCCCUUGCCGCUGCAAUGGAGUCCCGUAUACGUAGACGCUCGCUUCGAUACCGAAAACCCAGAUCACCUUCUUCAAAUCAUCGUAUGGGGCAAUGUAUCUGGCUCUCUUUACAAGGUGGAUCUGCCUGUUAAAGGCUCUCCGCUGUGGAAUGAUUCUAGCAGUACGGAUGGCAAAAUCCUCGACUACACGAAAGAAGGGAACAAAGUCACAACUCUUGCCAGCAAGGUCAAUUUCUUGACCUACGAGCCAUUCAGCAACGUCUCUAGUUUCUGCAACUACAGCCUGGUCAAUGGGUCGUGUCCUCUUCCCCCCGUCUUCAACGACACGGCCAUUACCAACCCGUACGGGAUCUUGCCCUCUGUAAACAUCACGGCCAAGAUGGAAUCGUCCUAUGCAUUUACAUCGCUAGCCGCGACAUUGCAAGUCAUAUACGGCGACGACUCUGCCAAACAUAUCGCAUGUGCCUCGGCCACUGUAACCCCGGACCUGGGAAGUCUUCGCGAUCUUCUGCGUUAUCUGCCGCUUGUGGUUCUUCUCUUCGUAGGAUUUGCGACCAUGUUCGCCUCCGUAUUCAGUCCGUGGGGUUCGACAGACAUCUUUCACUGGACGACAAAUUAUGGCCGAGACGCUGAUCUGUUGCGACUGGUGACACCGGGAUUUGGAGACUGCCUUCAGUACAUUCAAUUUGUGGCUCUCACCGGAGGGCUGACUCUCAACUAUCCCGGAUUCUACCAACCAGUCGUCAGUCAGGUGGGUUGGUCUGCGCUGAUGUUCAACGAGAGCUUUGUUAGCAAGUCCCCAGGCUGGCAAUCGAUUCAAGACGGUAUUUACGUCACCAAUGGCACAUACGGACUGCACCAGUACGCGCAAAUGGUGGGCAUGACCGAUGUCGAAGAUAUCUGGGCGGGAACGAUGGUCUGGGUUUGCGUCAUCGUCGCGGCUCUCUUCGUCCUGAUUCAAAUCGGCUUUUUCUUCCGCUGGGUGCUUCGGUUUAUCAGCGAUACCCCUGAAGAGGACCUCCGUGCUAAGAACAUACCGUUCUCUGUCGGUAAUGUCGUGCGUGUCGUCUUCAACUACCUUCUGCUGCCUAUUGUUGCACUGUCAACAUUUCAACUGGUGGUUGCCAGUCAGUCACGCGAGUUUGCUGUUGCUCUAGCUAUCAUCACCCUUCUCAUGUUGGUAUGCUUUGCCGCAUGGCUCCUUUAUCUGAUCUUUAGGACCCGGCCAAGAGCUGUCCUAUUCGAUGAUUUGCCGACUGUGUUGCUCUAUGGGCCUCUUUACAACACCUACUCAGACGAGGCAGCGGCCUUUGCGUUGAUUCCUGUCACGCUGACGUUCAUCCGCGGCAUUGCGAUUGGCGCCGUGCAACCUGUUGGCAUCGCACAAAUCGUUUUGCUUGCUAUCUGUGAAGUCGUUCACCUCCUGACCCUUCACGCUUUCAGGCCUUUCCAGUCUCCAACAUCUAUGAAUGCCUACCAUACGCUUUUCUCUGCUUUGCGUUUCACCACCGUCAUGCUCAUGGUGGCGUUCGUACCGCAAAUGGGCGUUACAGAGGGUCCCAAAGGAUGGAUCGGCUACACCAUCCUACUGAUUCACGCCUGUGUAUUGGUUCUUGGAUUCUUCCUGAACGCACUGCAAACGAUAAUUGAGGUAACUGCGCGACUAAUGGGUGCUGGAGGCGACGACACGCGGGGUCUGCAACGCGGUGGGCUGUCAAAGAUAUUUGGUAUGCGACAGCUGCAACGUCGUACGUCUCGAAGGGAAAAUGGUCCUUCACGAGCAAGCCAACUGUCGACCACGGGCAUGCUCGACGCCGAUGAAAAUUCAAAGACCGGAUAUGUAAUGCGGGGCGGCAGACUGAGAAGCGAGUCGGCAGGAAGUGGUUUCCUCCUCCGAAGCCAGCAACGGAGCUCUUCCGCACUAGACAGCAUCGAUCCGUAUACCGGUCAAGUCCGCAACUUCGACAGUGGUAGCAACUUUACCCCGACAACGCCAGGUGAAGUUAGCACCUUCUCUUUCUUGCCGUCACCUGCUGCAGCCACUCGACCUCCCGCUGCCGUCACCGUCGAAUCUGCCGAUCCUUACUAUCGACCUCCGCGACGCCGUGGCGACACUCUCAAUGGAUCAUCCACGUCCCUUCCUCACCGAGCCUCCGUCGCCGAUUCUCGACGUUACAGCCAAGGGGGAGCACAUCUUGCCGAUGCUACGGCAGACUUGGAAGCACAACUAUCAAGGGGCCCGACACCCGCCCCUCAAGCCAUUAACUUGACCCCGAGAGCGGACUACUCGACGAGAGAGGUGGAUUUCUACUACGGCGUUCGAGGACCAGCCCUCAACUCGGAGGGCAUCGGUCGUAAACUGAGGACUGGCCCUGCCGAUCCGACCAAACCAAUGGCUACCGCCGCAGGAUGGUUCCGCACCAUGUUUGGGGGUAAGACAAAGGAAAAGGGCAAAGGAUUCGAAGUUGUACGAAGCUCGCGAAUGCCACCGGCCAUGCGUGCAGCCGCCGACGCAGAGUACGACGCUGAGCCCCCACCAGAGGGAAUUCCGGUGGCCAUGGGUGUUUUGAGAAACGGGCCCAUUGAAUCAGACGACGAUGAACCGAAGAACAAAGCGGCACGGAAACGCCCCGAAAAUGCAGAAAACUCGGAAAAUCUGCUCAACGAUGAUGGCGUCUCGGUCGUUUCGGUCGUUUCGGUCGAAUCGGAGAUCGAAGAGAUCGGACUACAGAAGGUGUCUGAUGUACCACCAACCUUGCCAGGAAUCGCAAGUUCUGGCAGCUUCAAGCUGCCCAGCCGGGUUCCUUCCAAGGCAAGCCGGUCAGCUUCACAAAAGCACAGGCGCCAAUUCACGGAGUCGGACAUCCCCGAAAUACCUCGGAAGAGCUCAAAGAGAGAUUCUGGCAUGGGCCGGGGGCACUCUCCAGCCCCUUCGUUCAACCUUAUACCGCCGACGUCGCCCGCUGGGCCGCUAAAUGGCGAGCCUUCAGGAAGCACGACAGCACAGGGCAGCCUUACUUCGUCCCCAAAUCCCGGGCGACUUCCCUUUGAGCGGACAGAAUCUCAUCAAAAACGACUCUCUUCCAACGGUUCAUCUCUGGAAGAGUUCAACAUUCGUAGGACGCCAAGUACCGAGCGGCCAACCAGCUAUGGGGUAGUCGCGCAGCACAGCAUCAGCAGAGUUGAUCCUGGCUCUGAUCAGCAGGUCGACUUACUAGGGACUUCUGCUGAGCUUGUCGACGAGCGAGGGCCCUCCAGCAGGAGCUCGUCGGCGGGAGGCAGAGGUCAGUGA